AUGCCGGCUCUGCCAGCACUGCUGCUGUCAAUACACAUCCUCUCCUUCCUGCUAGUCACCAUGCCGCCACGCUCCCUCAGUCAGGCCCCCCUGCUCUCCUCCGUCCGAAUGGCUGCAAUCCUGGAUGACCAGUCUGUGUGUGGGCGUGGGGAGCGGCUGGCUCUGGCCCUGGCGAGGGAGAACAUAAACAGCGUCAUGGAGGGCCCGGCCCGUGCCCGAGUGGAGGUGGACAUAUAUGAGCUGCAGAAAGACUCCCAGUACGACACUACUGACACCAUGUGUCAGAUUCUACCCAAAGGCGUCGUGUCUGUGAUAGGUCCCGCUUCCAGCCCCGCCUCUGGCUCCACUGUCAGUCACAUAUGUGGAGAGAAGGAGAUCCCUCACGUAAAGAUUGGACCUGAGGAAACUCCACGCUUGCCGUACCUGCGCUUCGCCUCUGUCACUCUGUACCCUAGCAACGAGGACCUGAGCCUGGCCAUCGGAGCCAUCUUGCGCUCGUUCAGUUACCCUUCAGCCAGCCUGGUCUGUGCCAAGGCUGAGUGCCUGCUGAGAUUGGAGGAGCUGGUCCGCCGCUUCCUCAUCUCCCGGGAGACGCUGUCAGUCAGAAUGCUCGAUGACAACCUGGACCCUACUCCGCUGCUGAAGGAGAUUCGUGAUGACAAAGUGGCCACCAUCAUCAUUGACGCCAAUGCUUCUGUCUCCUAUCUCAUCCUGAAGAAGGCAUCCGAGCUGGGGAUGACAUCAGCAUUUUAUAAGUACAUCCUCACCACCAUGGACUUCCCCCUCCUAAGACUGGAUGAUAUAGUGGAUGAGCACUCCAAUAUUGUGGGCUUCUCCAUGUUCAACACCACACACCCCUUCUAUUUGGAGUUCAUCAGGAGCCUCAACCUCUCUUGGAGGGAGGGCUGUGACCUAACAUAUCCCGGCCCCGCGCUCUCGUCAGCGCUGAUGUUUGACGCGGUGCAUGUGGUGGUGGGGGCGGUGAGGGAAUUGAACCGCAGUCAGGAAAUCGGUGUGAAGCCGCUCAGCUGCACUUCACCUCAAAUCUGGCAACACGGGACCAGUCUCAUGAACUACCUGCGCAUGGUGGAGUACGAUGGUCUGACGGGGCGCGUGGAGUUCAACAGCAAAGGUCAGAGGACCAACUACACCCUGAGGAUCCUGGAGAAACACAGAGGAGGCCACAAAGAGAUUGGGAUCUGGUACUCCAACAACACCCUGGCGAUGAAUUCCACCAGUCUGGAUAUCAAUGUCUCGGAGACGCUGGCAAACAAGACCCUCGUUGUCACCACCAUACUGGAAAACCCAUAUGUGAUGCGUAAGGACAACUACCAGGAGUUCCAGGGUAACGACCAAUACGAGGGCUUCUGCGUCGACAUGCUGAGGGAGCUGGCGAACAUCUUGAAAUUCUCUUUCAAGAUCAAGCUGGUGGAUGAUGGGCUGUACGGGGCUCCAGAGCCCAACGGCUCUUGGACUGGCAUGGUUGGAGAGCUAAUCAACAGGAAAGCAGACCUGGCCGUGGCGGGCUUCACCAUCACGUCAGAGAGAGAGAAAGUUAUCGACUUCUCUAAGCCGUUCAUGACCCUGGGGAUCAGCAUCUUGUACAGAGUUCAGCUGGGUCGGAAGCCGGGUUACUUCUCCUUCCUCGAUCCCUUCUCUCCUGCUGUCUGGCUCUUUAUGCUGCUCGCCUACCUGGCUGUCAGCUGCGUGCUCUUCCUGGCUGCAAGGCUGAGCCCCUACGAGUGGUACAACCCACACCCGUGUCUGCGAGAGCGCAGGGACAUGCUGGAGAACCAGUACACACUGGGAAACAGCCUGUGGUUCCCUGUUGGAGGCUUCAUGCAGCAGGGAUCAGAGAUAAUGCCCAGAGCCCUGUCGACCAGAUGUGUUAGUGGGGUGUGGUGGGCGUUCACCCUGAUCAUCAUCUCCUCCUACACGGCCAACCUGGCAGCAUUCCUCACUGUCCAGAGGAUGGAGGUCCCCAUCGAGUCCCCCGACGACUUGGCCGACCAGACCAACAUCGAGUACGGCACCAUCCAUGGAGGGAGCACCAUGACCUUCUUCAUGAACUCACGUUACCAGACCUACCAGCGCAUGUGGAACUACAUGAACUCCAAGCAGCCCAGUGUAUUUGUGAAAAGCACAGAGGAGGGCAUUGCCCGUGUGCUCAACUCAAAGUAUGCCUUCCUGAUGGAGAGCACCAUGAAUGAAUACCAUCGUGGCCUCAACUGUAAUCUCACAAAGAUCGGAGGCCUGCUGGACACCAAGGGCUACGGCAUUGGCAUGCCACUGGGGUCUCCGUUCAGAGAUGAGAUCACACUGGCCAUCCUCCAGCUGCAGGAGAAUAACAGGCUGGAGAUACUGAAGAGGAGAUGGUGGGAGGGGGGCCAAUGUCCCAAAGAGGAGGACCACCGUGCCAAGGGUCUGGGGAUGGAGAACAUUGGGGGCAUCUUCGUGGUGCUGAUCUGUGGCCUCAUCAUUGCCGUGUUUGUGGCCAUUAUGGAGUUUGUGUGGUCGACGCGCCGCUCGACAGAGACCGAUGAGGUAUGCCCCCAUACCUGCCCUCGCCGACACCACAGACACACCCCAGUGUCUGUCUGUCAGGAGAUGAUCACAGAGUUCCGAAACGCCGUCUCCUGUAAGAAGAGCUCCCGUAUGCGCCGCCGUCGGCCCCUCAGCAGCUCAGCAGCCCUGCGCCACCCCACACGCAUAGCUCUGGGGGCCCCUCGGCCCCUGCGCCUCGUGCGGGAGAUGCGCCUCAGCAACGGAAAGCUCUACAGUGGAGCUGGCCCCCUGACAGGUGGUGCUGGAGGUGGAGGAGGUGGAGCAGGAGGGACAGGGCUUUCAGACCUGGGCCCUGGACCGCAGCGACUCCUAGAUGAUCCCCUGGGCGCCAACACCACCCCUCCUCCACCGGCCCCCACCCCUGUGAUGCUGCCCGCCCGCAGCUGCACCCACGUGAGGAUCUGCCAGGAGUGCCGGAGGAUCCAGAGCCUGAGGUCAGGCAGCAGUAUAGGAUCAACCUCGACAAGAAUACCACCUUCAUCAGCACCCCUGCCCAGGUUACCACCUCCCCCGCCUCCAUCCUCAUCCAACACAGACAGUGAGGGCGGAGGGGGGCCCAGCCCGAGGAGGCUACAUCACAGCCCCCCACCUCAUACCGCCCGACCCCUUCCACCUCCACAGAGCAGCAACACCACAGACCUACUGGUGAACCAGGACUGAGACCAGAGGCGUGUGGGCGGGGGCGGAGGGCUGCAGGUAGCCAAUGACGUGACUGAGGGACAUUUGUGCCGCUCAGUAAAACGCCGCUUGUCUCCACAGGUGAAAUUCAUCAGAGAACAAAAGAGGGAAAAACUGAACUCGGCAAGGUCAUCCUGUAGAGAGCGAGGCAACCGAAUAAACAAGGAAAACUAUAACCUGUUCUCCAGGUGAGCUUGAGGCCUACACACACAGAACUGCCUCCAAACACACAAUGAGAUAGUUGUCGGUUACAGUGGCUGAAAUCGACUCUGACGAACAGUUCAGUUUGGAGAAAUCUGAGCUGAGACGCACAGACGACGGUCUUCAUUGGCUUCCUUUCUCUCUCCGCGCUCCCUUGUCACUUAACCUUUAGAUGUGAGGGCAUUGGUUUUCUUCCACAGACACUUCCCUGGAAGUUAACCACCCCUCUAGUAAAAUGAAGCCUUGUUGGAGGACAUACUGUAUCUGUAUGUGAUUUAAAAACAGCAACUAAAAGACUUUCAGAGAAUUAUUUCCUGUUUUUUUCUUUUGUUGUCUUUAUUGUUUUGUUACCAUUGUUCUAAGUGGGAAUUAAAUACAGACUGUGCGUGACAAUAUGGUGGAUUAUUACAUACUAAGAAACUUGACUAUGGUUAAUUGUGUUCAUGAUGUUUUGUGUCCCUCCCUGUGCCCCAUGGCUGCUUUUUUUUUGGCUGGUGUCAGGGAAGGUGGAUAAAACUGACUUCAAAACAACAUCAUACAAACACUAGCAGAGGAAACUGUUGGCUUGCCUUUCUUUACACUGUGCGUAUGUGUGUCUGUAAAAAUUUGUGCUUCCUGUUAAGUCUGUCUGUAACUACUCACACUGAGGAGAACCAUGUACCCAGCACCCUUCUACUAAUGUUAGCUAAUCAGACGGCCAGAGAAAGGGAUAGAUGGAGGAAGAAAAAGGAGAGAAAGAGAGAGAGAGCAAGGGCUUUGAAAUGUGAAAUUAAUGUCCCUCGUUAUCCUGGGUAUGCUUGCCAAGACUUUUUUUUUUUUCACCUCUGUUCACACAGUGAAGAAGAGAUAGAGAGACCGGGUGAGCUGGAGCCAGAGAGGACAAGAUAGAGAAGAACAGAGAGAGAGAGGAGAUAGAGAGAGGCAGAGAGGGGAAGUACACCACUGAAUUUGAAUGAGAAAUCCCGAACUGAACUACUUCCAUUAUUAGAUCUGUCCUGAUCUGUUAAUUCUGGGCAUCUUUUAAGGGGCUUGUUAAUGCGCCAGCAGGCUGUAGCUGCAGCUUCCUCCCUUCUCUCUGUUUAACAGACAGACUUGGCCGUCCACAGCACAGACUCCUGCCAGAGUGAUAGACUCAACACAGUCUCGUCAAUACUGUCUCAAGCUUUUGAUUGCCUAAUUACUCCCCUCGGUGGCUGGGGACUCAUUCAGGAGAGGGUUGUGCACAGGAAAACAUGCUGAUGAAUAGAUUUAGAGGAAAUACAUGUUUUUCACUGCGGUUAGAGAAUCCGGUCUCUCUUAAUUGUGUUGUUAAUGUCACAGCCCUACUCUGUCCAACACUAACAAUCUGAACUCUACAGUACAUCCGCUGCAGCACUUAAAGGAACACACUGGAGGAUUUGCAUGUUUUAGCCCUUUAACUUUGAAUGUGCGUACACUUCAUAUAAUUGCAGACGAUUAUUCAAACCCUUAGAUUUAGAUUCCUUAUCUUGCAAGUAGCCACUGCUUUCAUAGCAAAUUAUGUUAAUGCUUAAUAGCUGAUCCAUCACAAUGAAUGUUAAAUAAUAUGUCUGGCAAUAUUUCUUUAAAUUUUUUUUUUUUCAUUUUCAAGAAAUCUCAUGAAAAGACCAAAACAACAAAGAAUCCACUGUGACAUAGAGCUCCAUUGACACCAUUCACCUCCAUGUACGUAAACACCUCGGUUAAAUAGCAUUUUGUAAGAUUUUUUAUGGGGCAUUCUGUCUUUAUUAAUAUGACAUUAAGUGUGAUUAAGUGAGAGAGCCGAGGAGACACACAGCAAAGGCCCGGGUCAGAGCCGUACCUGUGGUCGCCAUAGGAGAGCUCAAGCCUCCUAAUGCGUCCUGUACAUCCUUUACUUCCAAUACUCUAAAGCAUAUGAAUCUACAGCUGAAAAUAUUCCCCCACAAACACUAUUCUGCUUGACUAACAUUUGCUUAAAGCCUCAGUGCCCAGCUCCUUUAGGAAUUUACUGUGCCUUUUUUUUUUUCAAUGAAACUCUACAUAUGUCAUAUUUGUUGCAUGUUCACUGGAAACAAAUGGCUGUGAAAGUAUUGAGGGUUGGCCCUAUGCAUUGUUAGUUUUGGUCUUUACAUAAGAUUUGUCGACAGUAACAAAACUAGAAGGGCACUCGGAGAGCGCAUACACACCCCUCCUAAAACUAAAAUCUAAAUUCACAUGAUUAAGAUCCAUAUUCGGAGAAAUCAAUGAAAUUGGUGAAAAUGUUCACAACUAAGUGAAAAAAGAGCUAAACUGGAUCUGUCCCCCAAUCCAGAUCCGUAUCAAAAUGGUAUUGGUUGUUCCUUGGGUCAUGCCACUGCAGUCCACACAUUUUCACGGAGAUCGCAAAAGAAAACACAACCGCAUACUUGGUGUCUGCUUUAUACAGUAUUUACUGUCUGUACUUUUUUAUUCCUUAACACAUAAUUACUUCAGACAUCAUGUCUGUCUCAGAAUUAAAUGACAUUGUGCUGUGUUA